GUUAUGCACAAAAACUCAAUAAAAAAGUGCAAAAAUAGGCCGAAACUAAAAGUCCAGAGAAAGAGCGGAUCGUUAUUACUAUUAUGACUACAUUGAAAGCAUAUUGUCGUAAGUUUUCGCCUAAUAUUUUUGUCCAAACGAAAUGCCAGAACUGUUUUCGGACCCGUGAAGUGCAUUCAGCCGAUGCCCUCGAAAAGAGCAAGACUUGCGAGAGUCUGAACCCCCAGUCCUGUAUUGCUUGUGUUCGGACCCCUCUAUCCCACUAUUGGGCCAACUAUAUCAAUGGAAAGAAAAAGCACUUAAGUUUUAGCGAUCGAGAUAAUGAAACCCCGCUUUUUAAUACCACUUCUUCCCCGACCGCACAAUUCUGGAUAGAUAAGAAUCGGCGAAACGCGGCCUUAAGUGAUGUGAAGAAGUUGAAGGCGUCGAUCGUUGAGCUGCAGGGCAUCAGUGAACAGGCAUCACAACUAACCCACGAACUCGUCUGUUGUCGACAAGAGUUAAUCCAAUUACGAAAGACCAUCAAAAGCAAUGAAGACAACGUCGACCACAAUAAGACCAAUUCAUACGAGGAUAAUAUCGAAAAGAUUAAAAUUAUAUCAAUUAAUGAGAAUCUGAAUAAUCAUUUGAAUAAUCAGACGAUUAAUCAUCAGAACAUCCAAAACAACCAAAACAAUCAAAUCGCUAAUAAAAAUAUAGAUUUGGAGACAAUUAGGAAAUUGAAUUCAGAGCUGAAAGAAGCGCAAAGCAAUUACGACUUCUUGGAGAUCGCGUACGAAAAGCUCACCAAAAAGAUCAUCCAAAUGGAGAAAACACACGAAUCAGAUCUGAAUCUCAUGAAAGACAGAAUCAACGAUUUGACACAAAAACUGGUCACUUCUGAACAACUGUUAAGACUCGCCAAACAGAAGAUCUCUAAAUACGAGUCCAGACACGAGAGAAGGAGAAGCUCUUUGAAGGGCAAAGCGGCCGUCUGUGCAGAUAUUUGA